GCUCACACAUCCACUACUUCCGAAAGAAGGUAGCAAUGGCUCUACUAUCAGCGAUGCAGGGGAAGGCGGCGUUGCUAGUGGUGGCGCUGGCCGUGCUGUGGCUCGCCGCCGGAAGCCACGCGCAGCUGCAGAACGGGUUCUACAAGGGCAAGUGCGGGGGCAGCGACGUGGAGGUCAUCGUGCAGGGCAUCGUCAAGGCUCGCUUCGGCCGCGACGCCCCCAUCGUCGCCCACCUGCUGCGCUUGCAGUUCCACGAGUGCGCCGUCAACGGCUGCGACGGCGGGCUGCUGAUCGACGGCCCCGGCACGGAGAAGACGGCGCCGCCGAACCUGAGCGUCAAGGGCUACGACCUGAUCGCGGACGUCAAGGCGGAGCUCGAGAGGCGGUGCCCGGGCGUCGUGUCAUGCUCCGACAUCGAGAUCCUCGCCACCAGGGACGCCGUCGCCCUGGCCGGCGGGCAGAACUACGCCGUGCGCACCGGGAGGAGGGACAGGCGGCAGUCCAAGGCCGCCGACGUGAUCCUCCCGGCACCGGAGAGCACGGUCGCGCAGGCCACCGCCUUCUUCGGCAAGCUGGGGCUGAGCCAGAUGGACAUGGUGCUCCUGCUGGGCGCGCACACGGUGGGCGUCACGCACUGCAGCGUCAUCAAGAGCAGCCGGCUGUACAGCUACGGCGGCAGGGCCGGCGCCACGGACCCGAGCCUGGACCCGUACUACGCCUUCGUGUACAAGACCUACGUGUGCCCCAACACGGCGUCUUCGGACGACAACAUCGUCUUCCUGGACGACCAGCCGAGCGCGCUCAAGGUGGACACCAGCUACUACAAGAACCUGCAGAAGCGCCGCGGCGUGCUCUCCGUCGACCAGAACCUCUACGGCGACGGCUCCACCAGGUGGAUGGUCGACAUGCUCGCCAACUCCGACAACUUCAGCUGGCUCUUCCCGGUGGCGCUCGUCAAGCUCAGCGAGGUCAACGUGCUCACCGGCACGCAGGGAGAGAUCCGCAGGGUCUGCAACACCUUCAACUGAUCAUCUCCUCGGUUGUCAUUGUCAAGCCAUGCAAGUUCAAUCGUGCCAACCAUUUUACAUUUUCUUUUCUCCUUUUCUAGGGGUUUCUGGAGCGCUUGGUUUUGAGCCCAUGCAUGUUCGAUCCAUUUUAUUUUCAUUUCAUUCAUCCGUUUGUAAUAAUGAUGUGGCACGUUGCGUUUAAUUUAUCUGUGACCGAGUUCACAGAUCACUGAUAAUUACCAAGAGGUAUGGAGGAUA